AGACUUUGCACAUCCACAGCCAUAUCCCGCGCAGUCCACACCAUGGCCUCUCAACUCCCCUUCACCCGUCUUGUCCAAGAAACACAGAUCGGUAUCCUCUCUGUUCUCAGAGCAUGCUAUCUCACAAAGAACGUCCAAGACACUCUCGUCACAAAGGACACUCUUCUCAAAUCAGACAAGUCUCCAGUGACAGUUGCCGACCUUUCUGCCCAGUCGCUCAUCUCCCUCCACCUCCUCGCUCACUUUCAAGAUCCAAUCAUUGGCGAGGAAGACACGAGUGAGCUGAGAGUGAACGAGCCGUUGAGACAAAGGGUGGUCGGCCUUGUCAAUGGAGGGUUUGAGAAGGAGGAGGGAUGGGGCAAAGAUAAAACUUUUUCAGAGGACGAAAUCCUGAGUGCUAUCGACGCCGGUUCUGCUAAAGGCGGUAACAAGGGUAGAUUCUGGACCAUUGAUCCAGUCGACGGGACGUCUGGCUUCAUUCGUCACCAACAAUACGCUGUAUGCCUUGCACUCAUUGUUGAUGGCGUUGUCGAACUCGGAGUCAUCGGGUGCCCUAACCUUGGCCCUGAGCCCGCCAAGAUUGGUGAGGAAAUCAUUCCUAAUGGCAAGGGUGUCCUCAUGGUAGCUGUGAGGGGUCAAGGCAGCUGGUCUCGCCCUCUCGAUUCUGCCACCUAUACCAAGCUGAAUCUUCCCCCUACUCCCCCGGCCUCCAACCCCCUCACCUUUCUCGAGUCCGUCGAGUCUGGCCACUCUGCGCAUUCUAUCCAGGCUCGAAUUGGCGCCCUACUCGACGUUCAACGUCCCUCCCUCCGUAUGGAUUCUCAGGCGAAAUAUACCUGUCUCUCUCGAGGUGAAGGCGGUGUCUAUCUUCGUAUCCCUACAAAAUAUGUUGGAGGUAAGAUCUACGAAGAGCGGAUCUGGGAUCAUGCCCCUGGAGCCUUGUUGAUUCAUGAGAGUGGUGGUAUCUGUACAGACAUGUGGGGCAAGGAGCUCAACUUUGGUGUGGGAAGGACUCUCAAGGAGAAUGACGGCAUCGUCGCCGCCGGUAAAGAUAUUCAUCCCAAGGCCGUCGAAGCGGUCAAAAAGGCGAUUGAAGAGGCGCAGGUUGAAAACAAGUGAUGGGGGUUUUAUCAUAAACAGUCUAGUCAUUGAUAUAGUAUACAACGUGAAACCGUAGACAGUGAUCAAGGAUCAGUCCAGACUUGCAAACCGUUCUCACCAAUAUGAAAGUGGAAUUUUGCCCCUUCUCGUUUCCCAAGUAUUCCUCCAUCCAUAUUCACCAACCUCACUAAUCCUUCGUACUUGCCGUUCUGUCCCACUUCACCAUUCUCCUUUUUUUCACGCGCCUUUGAUCGCAAAGCAUCAAUAAGAGUGAUGUCCCCCGGUAACUGCAGACCCCGCGCGCGUCCUAAAAGGG